GAACAGCAAUAUCUCAGAGACUUAAUUGGAUUUUUCAAAGAUCUAAAUUACUCCUUUAAUGAGUUUCCAAAUGACUCAAAAUUACAGGAAGAAUACUACAAGAGAAAGCUAAUUCAGAGCAGGAAAUAACUGGAAGAUCCUCAUCAAAGUCAUCAGAUUAGGUAUAGCCUCGAUGCUUCUCUAUGUUAUACUGAGCCAAAGGGAACCCUUCUGGCAAAGGAUAAUAAUGCUGGUGGUAGAACUUGUGAUUACUGAAAUUCUUGAGAAAGGAGUCAGGAAGCAUGACUGGUGUGCCAAUUAUUCAGGAAUCCUAUUUUCGACCAUAAUUUAUGUGCAUUUAACUGAAAUGAAUGUCAAAUUCACUUAUUUCAGGUAAGUUUUCAAUCAAUUUUAGGAUUAAUGAGGGGUACUUGUUCCAGAUUGUUGCUUCUCUAAUCUUCAGCACAUGAGUGACUACAAAUUGGAAGCUGGCUUGCAUCAACCAGGGCUUACUUCAUGUCUAUGGGUUACUCAGGCUAGAGAGCAAGUUUGGCACUCUCAGUGACAUCUAUUACCCUUGCUCAGUGCUAGCUUUGAUAUUCUUCACAUUCGGAUCGUUCUGCUACUCACAGACCUGUAAGGAUGAGUUCAUCGCCAACUACAAUAACAAGAACACCCUCAAAGGCCAGAAGGAAAUCCUCAAUUCUCUUCCUGAAGGAGUCCUCAUCGCUGACAUAAAAGAUGCUUACAAGUACCUUAACCCGAAGAUUAAGCAGACUUUCAGCCUCUCCGAGUUUUGUCAGCCUGAGCUCUGGAGAGGCAUGGAGAAUGAAGCCCAAGAGAAGACAAUGCGCAAACUCGACCAGAUCAUCCAGGAGCUGGAAGAGAAAUACCCGAUGGCGGGCAAGAGAGAGCCUGGCAAGUGUGAAGAAGCAACUGAGUUUUUGGAUGGAUUUUUGGGGAAAUUUACGGCUACUUGUCAGAGUUUAAAAGAAAACCAACCUCAGAUCAACUAUUUCAACCAGCUUGAUCAGUUAAGUAGGAAUAGAGAAGGCUUAGAGGACAGAAAGAUUGAUGAGGAUAGCGAUAAUGAACACAGUCUCUCAUCGUUUUUAAAAGAAGAAAGAAGAUUGGUAAUUAAUGGAUUUCAUGAGAGAAAGGAGUCCAAGAUCAAAGUCAAAUAUAAUCCUUCCAGAAUGGGUAAACUAUAUGAUUUCCGGAGCAAAGAAUUUCUUGUAAAGACAACACUAGUCAAUGUAGCUGGUAUUUCAGAGCAAGAUCUUUCUUGUAUUCACAUGUUUAUUGAGACAACUCAAAUCAGCCAGCUUGAAGAAGCCAAGGCUCAGAAUCAUUACCAGCGCCAGAUGCUCUCGAAUGUGUCCCAUGAGUUUAGGACGCCUCUGAACUCCAUCAUGGCUUCUCUUGAGCUCAUGCGAAUCCAAGAUUUAGGAGAAUGAAACAGAUUUGUUAGAAUCGCUUCAUCAUCCUGAAAUGUCUUGGGGAUGCUUGUUGAAGAUAUUCUAGAUCAUGCUAAGAUAGAUUCAGGAGUGUUCCAGAUUAAUGAAGAAGUGUUUACAAUUACUCAGUGUUUGCAUGAAAUACAGGAAGUUUUUACACUACAGGCUGAUGGUAAAGGACUUGAACUCAGAAUAGACAUCCAGGAUAAACUGAAAGAGCUGCCAAUUAUGUCAGACAAAAGCAGACUCAAACAGGUGAUUAUGAACUUGGUGUCUAAUGCACUCAAGUUUACAGACAGAGGGUCAAUCACAAUAGAAAUUUAUGAAAGAUUGAACCAGCUAGAGUUACAAGACUUUGAGGAGUCCAAAUCUGCUGAACAAAAUAGUUAUAAAGACCAUUUCAGACAGAAUAGUGAAUGAGGCAUUGUUGAUCUUCCCUGAGAAGGCUCAACCGAUAUUCUGAGUAGACAUGACUGCACUGAGUACUUCUUUCACACCAAGAGGUCCAUAUUCAGAAAUGAUGAUGAGCUUGACAGCGAAUUUACACAGACAAUGAGCAUCACAUUAAAAGUAAUUGACACAGGUAUCGGAAUCUCCAAAGCCGACCAGAAGUCUCUGUUCAAACUCUUCGGUAAACUCAGUUCAAACCACAACAGAAACAAGACUGGUUGUGGACUCGGUCUUACAAUCUGCAAGAAGCUCAUUGAAAAGUUGGAUGGAAGCAUCCACCUAUCCUCUAUUGAAAAUGUGGGUACCACAGUUGAAUGUCAUUUCCUAUGAAAAUACUAGCCUACCACUAAUAUUGCACUCUAAUAUCCAC